CUUGCCAGCACACAUCCGGGAAGGAUCGAUCGUCUACCGUGGAUCGUUAACCCGAAUCUCUAUCGCAACCAAAGACAUCCUCACAACCCGUCGACUGCAGCAAUGGCACCAAUGAGGAGGAUUUCGGGCUCGGCUGCCCUGCUUGCCUGUGUUGUACUGUGCUGUGUCGUGUCCAGCCGGCUGUGUUUGGCGGGACCGAUCGGUGGUUCGGCGGAAAAGGACGACGAGGGUGUGACGCCCAAGGAUUCAUCGAAAGAGAAUAACGGUCAUUCGUUGAACAGUCUCUACAGUCCGGCUGAGUAUGGUGCACCGUCGGUUGGUAUCAGCAGCGAAGAAGUGCUCUCGAUUAACGAAACGUCCGUCAAUGGUACCAAGGAACUAUACGUGAUCAAGGCGGUUGUCUAUGAAAUUGGAAUUCUUGCCGAUGUGCCGGAAAAUGAAACGCUCGAUGGCGACGAACCAGAGACGCAUCAGCAAGUGGAUCUAUCGUUCUUCAGUCAUGGUGAGAAUGGAACGCACAUCGAUUUCGGCGACAUUCCGGUACCAAUUCAAACCAGCAUCCAGGGCCAGGUGUUUACGGGCAUUGCGCCGGUCCAUGUCGGUGCGGUACCGACCAAUCUGACCCAUCUGUUGUCCGCACUACCGAUCGCCGGCACCGUCGUCAACAUCUCGCAGAGCAACAGUUCGUUCGUGGAGCUACACAAGCACAACAUUAGCGAUGCCGCCGUUUUGUUGGCACAUCCUGAUCUGGUCAACAUGCCGUUCGCCAGCUCGGUCAGUGAACCCCUUGUACCGGCCAGUGUCGAUGAAACGGUCCUCGGGCUGACGGCCAGUAGCAGCACCACGUCGAAGCCCCCCGAGGAGUAAGCGUGUCGCAAUCCUCCAUUUGCGGUCUCCAUUGCGUGGAUUGGGUGUAGAUGUUUUCUAGGAUAAGGAUUUGCUUAAGAGUGUGUGGCGAAGCUUGACAAACAAUAAAAACUUUUGUGAUUUUUGCGUCAA